AUGUUUAAUCUUGCUAAGGAAGCGAAGCUCGCUAGAGAAGGUGUUGUCAAGGCUCCAAAUUACGCCCUCGCUAGCAUCUGCAAAAGCCUCGUCGCCGGUGGAGUCGCUGGAGGAGUAUCACGUACUGCAGUUGCUCCACUGGAACGCUUAAAAAUUUUGCUACAGGUUAAACUCUGUGUUUUUACUCCUAUCUCUUGUAUUCAGUCAAUGCUGAGCUAAGUAGUUGUCAAUUAAAACCUGACUAUUUUUACUACCUUCAUUGUUCAUUUUACUGGAAAUUGCUUCUUUGAAGUUUUGUCACUCAAUGUUCUUCAACUUUAAGAAAAUUAUACUAUCCUUUAAAUACAAGAUCCAUAGUGUUCCUUCCUUGCACAUCCAAAGGCACAGUUAUGUGAAUGUGUACAUGAAUUGGAAAAAAGAUUCGUACUAUGACUCAAUUGAGCACAUCCAUCAGUCCAUUCACCUCAAGCCGGUCAUUGCUCUUAAAAACUGCAUUGCCCAGGAUCCCAAUGGAUGCAUUCCUAUCUCUGCAGUGUCAAAGAGGGGAUUGGUGUUAGAUGUGCCCAUGAAGGUUGCAAGAUUUAUGAGGCAAUAUCCAUCCAUUUUUGAGGAGUUCACGGGUCCCAAGUACAAUCUACCUUGGUUCAGGUUGACAUCAGAAGCUGCUAAAAUUGACAGGGAUGAGAAGAGAGUAUAUGAAGAAUGCAGGGAGGACCUACGAUCCAGGUUGAGGAAGUUGAUAUUGAUGACCAGAGAGAAUGUUCUUCCUUUAAAGAUAAUUCAAGGGAUGCAGUGGUAUUUGGGCUUGCCAAAUGAUUUCCUGCAGCACCCAGAACAAAAUCUUGAUGACUCUUUCAAGUUUGUGGAGAUGGAAGAUGGAUUGAAGGGGUUGGCUCUUGAAAGGGGGGAAAAGAUUUAUUCUGUAAUGGAGAAGAAUGCCAUGAAAAGAGGUUUGUACUUUGGCGGCCCGAUGGAGGCCAUUGAGUUUCCAUUUUUUCCAUCAAAGGGUUUAAGGUUGAGGAGGAAGAUAGAGAACUGGCUAGAUGAAUUUCAGAAGCUUCCUUAUAUUUCACCUUAUGAUGAUUUCUUGAAUUUGGAUCCAAACAGUGACAUAGCAGAGAAAAGACUUGUGGGGGUUCUACAUGAACUGCUCUCCCUUUUUGUUGAGCAUUCAGCAGAAAGGAAGAAGCUCUUUUGCCUCAAGAAGCAUUUUGGUUUGCCACAGAAAGUGCACAGAGUGUUUGAGCGGCACCCUCAUAUGUUUUAUCUUUCUUUCAGGAACAAGACUUGUACAGUCAUUCUUAAGGAGGCUUACAGUAAAAUAUCACCUAUUGGGGAGCAUCCUCUACUGAGGGUGAGGAAGAAAUACAUCAAGUUGAUGAAGGAAUCAGCAGUUAUUUUGAGGAACAGGAGGGUGAAUAAUCGGUUUUCUAAUUGUAGUUCUAAAAUGGGUUUAGAUUCAAAAGAUCUGGAUGAAAGGGGACAUGAGAUGGCAAGUUUUUCUUUGGACCAAGUUGUGUGAAAAUUUAUAGAACAAGACUUGAGGUUGCUUUAUCAGAAGGCAUACAUGAAGUUUUUACCAACAGAAAGAGAUACUAGUAGCUGACGUAUAACCAUUAGUUGAAAAUGCCUAUAAGCUGUUUUCAAGCACAUAUAUGUACAUAUAUAUACGUACUUAUGCUGUUAGGUAAAGAUACGUGAAUGAUCUUAUAUUAUAUUUCUAACUCAAUCCUUGUUGAUCUGAUUCUAAUAAAGGAGGUUGGCCUGUGCAUUGUCCACGCUUUAAGCCCAAGGGCUCUUACAUGAGGGGGCAUGUUGGAAAUAUAAUGUAAAACUAUUUAUGUCUUUUCCUAACAGCUUAAGCUCUUGGAAUUGUUAGUUCAUUACACGGACACACAAACAUAUCUUUGUUUAUUAGUUUUAGAAACAUGCCUGAUCUACUCUGUUGAAUUGUUAAACCUUACAUGUUUGGUGUUGUCAAUGUUUUAUAGGCACAGCCUUGUAUGUUCUACUUUGUGGCUGUACUUGCUAGCAUACCAUAACAUUGUAUUUGUUCUUUGGCAAAACAUGUUUUCAAGCCUUUUCUGACUUGAUUUUAUUUUUGCCCUGCCAUAAGUUCUUGACAUGUGAAGUCUCUUUGUUGCCUAUGAUCUGCAAUUCUAAUCUGCCUCGCUCAUGGUGGAAGUGAACAUUCCAAGCAUGCUUUUAACCAAAAAUUUGGAAUGUGGGAAUAGUGCUCCACUAGAACUCUCCAGUUAUUGAAUGCAUUUGUUGGUUGAGAUGAAUCAAAAUCUGCUCAAUAUUUUGCCUCAAAUUUACAGGUAUGAUUGACAUUAUUGUUGGUGGUGGUUUUUCAGUUAGUGAACAAGGUUCUGAUAUUGAUGUGUUAUACUUUGACAAAGCUGCUGGAAUGGACACAGGACCUAUCGUUGUUCAAUUUUUACACUGAACCUCAAACAGAUAAUAGUAAUCUAUCCCGCAUGAGUAAGCGUGGAAAGUUAAACAAGAAUCUAGAGCUACUAUUCGUGGUCAUUUUGGUUUGCAUCAACACGAAUCCAGCCCUUUUUUGUCCUGUCUAUUAAUUUGUUUUCAUCCCGGUACUCCUAGCAUGUUUGGAUGGAAAGAAAUAAAACUUUUUGAAUUUUGAAAAUUUUUACUAUUUAGUUGAAGAGAGAACGAAGAGCUGAGUAAAGAAAAAGAAAUUAAAAGUUUUCUCUCAUCCUUUAUUUUCUUUCCACUUUUGCAAAUUUAAUUUGGUUAUGUUGGAUUUAAAAUGUCUCUGCGAUGUCCCAGAUGGUCUGCUUGAAUUGUGAACAGAAGAAGUAUCCCCUUUCUUUCCAUUUUAAUUUUAUCUGUUUUUUAGGUCAAAGUUUAUUCAUUUUUAGAGUAAACUAUACUUCUUUCCAGUGAAAGAAGCUUAAAUUACACUGUUAUUUCUUUUUAUUUAAUACAUGAGUUUCUUAAU